CUGGGGGGAAAUAAAUGUAUCACUUGGCAGGUCUUUCUAGUAGUGUGCUUGUGCUUGUGGUUGUGAGAGAAAGCAAACACAAUGGCAGAGGCUAGUUUAAAGAAAAGAAGGAAGAAAGAAUCGGACUCCUUCAAGUGUUAUGCUGGACCUGGAGAUGUGGAGUGUGACAUCUGCACUGAGAGAAAACUCAAAGCUGUCAAAUCCUGUCUGGAUUGUCUGUUUUCUUACUGCGAAACUCACUUCAAAGCUCACAAUGACCUGAACCCAGGAAGAGAACACGCAGUGAUUGAUGCCACAGGCCAGCUACAGGAGAGGAUCUGCUCUCGUCAUGAGAAGGUUUUUGAAAUAUUUUGUCGAACCGAUCAGAGUUGUAUCUGCUAUCUGUGCAUGGUGGACGAACAUAAAGGCCAUGACACAGUCUCAGCUGCAGCAGAACGGACAGACAAACAGAGGCAAUUAGGGCCGACCCAGCAGAGAAUCCAGCAGAGAAUCCAUGAGAGAGAGAACGAGCUGCAGGAGCUAAGGAAGGCUGUGGAGACUCUCAAGAGCUCUGCACAAACAGCAGUGGAGGACAGUGAGAGGACCUUUACUGAGAUGAUCCGCUCCAUUGAGAGAAGGCGCUCUGAUGUGAAAGAGCAGAUCAGAGCUCAGGAGAAGGCUGAGGUGAGUCGGACUGAAGGACUCCUGAAGAGACUGGAGCAGGAGAUUGCUGAGCUGAAGAGGAGAGAUGCUGAGCUGGAGCAGCUUUCACACACAGAGGAUCACAUCCAUUUCCUCAAGGUAACUGUUGAUGAUGGAAUAUUAGUGCACAGAAUGUUUGAGGGCACUGAUUUAUGUUGAAUAUAUUCCUAGGUGGAAAUUCUAAUUAAAUUUAGAUAUUGUUGAAUUUCCUUCAAGGAUCUCUACGUAUCCAGAUUGAUCCUUUUUCUUCUGAUCAUAAUAAAGUCUAUAGCACUUUGAACAGAUACCUUUACCCAUGCAGUUUCAGUGACUGUAA